UAUUUAUUUGGUCAUAAUCAUCUCAAUUCUGAUUUUAGAGGAAAUGGAAGCUACCGCUGUUGACAGCGGCAAUGGAACCGAGACUGGACAUAUCAUUGUGACUACUAUUGGUGGUAAAAAUGGUCAGCCAAAGCAGACUAUAAGCUAUAUGGCAGAGCGUCUUAUAGGACAUGUAUCAUUUGGAGUUGUCUUCCAGGAUAAGUGCUUGGAAACUGGUGAAACUGUGGCUAUUAAAAAGGUUCUUCAAGACAAGAGGUAUAAGAACCAGGAAUUGCAUCAAUAUACUUUGAUUCUUUGUUCUGUGUUGUGUUUUUUGGAGAUGCAUGAAUAUACUUGGAUUCUUUGUUCUUUGUGUUGUGCUUUUUGA